AUGGGAGGCAUCCAUAUGGUAGAGUCCGAGUCCAGCGCAUGGACUGCGGUCAGCAGUUCGGCCAAGAGGCACCCGCGGUACAACUCGACGGGCGACGUCAAUAACGACGUGGCUGUUAUCUUCCUGCCCGAGGAAGCUCCUCUGAGCGAGUACAUCAAGCUGGUGGCCUUACCUUCUUUUGCUGAGAUCAACGAAACCUUCGUGGGACAAAAUGCUCUGGUUAGUGGCUGGGGAUUGACUGGCGACAAUUCAACCUGUUCUGAGAUUCUAAUGUGGACUGAGCUUGAAGUCGUAUCGUAUAAAACAUGUUUGGGUUACUAUUACCCAGGUGUUAUUCUUAAAAGUACAUUGUGCGCCAACAGCGAGGACUCUGACGUCUGCCAGGGUGACAGCGGCGGGGCUCUUGUUCUCAAGACCGCCACAGGCUACAAGCAGAUCGGUGUCUCGAGCUUUGGGUCACCUGCGGGAUGCCACACACCGACGCCAUCUGCUUUCGCCAGGAGAUAUAUAGCAACAAGAGGUGAGUGGGGUGGAGGUGGUGGAAUGGUGGCUUGUGGAGAUGGUAAAGCUGGCCAGAGUGGCUAUGAAAACUCCGCUGCAAGAUACAACAUAUUUGUGUUGGUUUACAAUGCUAUAGUGCUGCGACGUUCAUGUAUUCGUCCUCUGCAGGUGCGUGGUCUUCAGGUGGUGCUGAUGACGUCGGUAGACCGCGGCAGUGCGUUGUCCGAUUCGCGCAUCGUCGGUGGGGAAUGGGUGAAGCCCGGCGAAAUCCCGUACCAGGCGCUGAUGGUGUCUGACGACUCAACGAUGUGCGGUGCGUCGCUCAUCUCCAAGUCCGCCGUCCUCUCUGCGGCACACUGCGUCAAAGAUUUCGAUACGUUUCAAGUGACGCUGGGGACCAUCAAACGGCUCUUCUUCGACUGGGGGGACAACUUGGAGCAAAUUAACAGCCGCGAGGGUGUAGUCCACCCUUCCUACAGUAGCGUGUCUCUCAAACAUGACGUGGCUGUUGUCCUCCUGAAACCCGAAGUAGCCCUAAGCUCGUACAUCCAAUUAGUGGACCUGCCUUCAUAUUCGAUUGCUAAUGAGACAUUUGUAGAUUAUAAAGCCACUGCUUCUGGUUGGGGCAGAACAGCAGACAUGGAUGAAACUUCGGUAUAUCUGCAGAAGGUAACGCUGGACAUCAUCUCCAAUGAGAAAUGUUGGAAGUACUACGGUAGGAUGUCGGUGACUUCAUCCACUCUAUGCGCCCAAGGAGACAAAAACAGGAGCACAUGUAAAGGAGACAGCGGCGGUCCUCUCACGGUCGACCACGAUGGAGGACGCAUACUCGUCGGCGUGGUCAGCUUCGGAUCCGUUAGGGGUUGCGAACAAGGAAUUCCAGUUGCCUUCUCCCGAGUCACCAGUUAUCUGACGUGGAUCGAAUCAGCAGCCGGUGUGAAGAUCAAUUCGACAGAGUAG